AUGGCAAAGAACACACUUUUUAUGCAGCUGAUCCUGAGAGAAGUUGCAGAUGUCCUGAAGCUGUCAUUAGGAGACACCAGUCGUUCUACAUCCAUGCGGAUCCAAGCCGAAAACGCGUGUCGAUCGUCCCGAAAUUGGGACAAAAAUAUGCUGAAGGCGUAUCCCACUCAAAAGAACGUCAAGCUUGGAUCCGAGGCCCUCGAAAAGCUUACUCACGAAAAUGACGUUCUAGCCAGCCACGACAUCGAGAGGUCUGUGAAAGCCCAACAGAUUGUCGCCAAGGUGUCUAGGUGGUCUCAAUUCGGCCUUCCACCAAAGACCCAUAUCAGUGAUAUGAGACAAGCCAUUGUGGCUAUGCAAAUGCGCCACGCAUUGGAGGAAGAGAAAGUCACUGGGCUCAAAGCCAGGAGAAUCACCCUUCCCUAUCUGCUCUGGUUGCACUGGACCAACAAACAGAAGAUAAGGACGCUAGUUGAAAACAAGAAGUUCUUCUUCACAGCUGCGGAACCUUGCCUUUGGGGGCUCCAGAGAAUAGAUGAAUUGAGAUAA